GCCGGUUGACGCGACAGAGUGAGUCGUCUCUUUCUCUCCCUCUCUGUGUGUGUUUGUGCUUCUCUCAUUCCCCCAGCUGAACUCUGUGGAUCGUCAACGCUGUGUCCCUAGCUGCCCCUCUGCUUCUCUGAACCUCAAUAUGACACACUGGGCCUCCCUUGCCCUCCUUCUGGUUUUGGGCCUCUCCAUCCAGGGGACCCUCUCCCAGGAUGCUGAGGAACCUGCACCAGUGGACCCAAGCCAGGCCCCUGUCGACCCCUCCCAGGCAGAGGAUGAGGACGAGUGGGGACUGAACUCCGUUAGGGGAAGCUUCGAAGCCGUCAAUGGAUACUUUGAUUCCAUGCUGGAGCUUAUGGGCGGACGCGAUGGAGUGUGUCAGUACCGCUGUCGAUAUGGUAAAGCUGCUAUUCCUCGCCCUGACUACCAGAUGCAAGAGCCCAAUGGAUGCAGCUCCUACUUCCUAGGCCUUCCGGUACCCAAUAGUGUUGACCUGGGUAUCCCUGCCAUGACUAAGUGCUGCAACCAGCUGGACAUAUGUUACGACACCUGCGGCUCCAACAAGUACCGCUGCGACUCCAAGUUCCGCUGGUGUCUCCACAGCAUCUGCUCUGACCUUAAGAAGAGCCUGGGCUUCAUGUCAAAGGUCGAAGCCUGUGAGACGGUAGCAGACACCCUGUUCAACACAGUCUGGACUCUGGGCUGCAGGCCCUACAUGAACAGCCAGAGAGAAGCCUGCCUCUGUGAAGGAGAGGAGAGGGAUGAGCUUUAAAUUAGGAUUAUAGACACACACACACACUCGCAUAUGCACACAACACACA